AUGAAGUUCUCUGUUAUCAUCGCUGGUCUUUUCUCUGCCAUGGCUGUCAAGGCUGCUGUCUAUGAAAUCAACUUUGCUACCAAUGCUGAUGCCUUGGACUGCCAAACCAGAGAUAUCAAGUAUAUCAACAAGGUCUCUGAUAGCCAUUUGGUUAAUGAUGCCCAACUCACCUUGACCAAUGCCAAGGAGUGUAACCCUGUUAUCCUCGAGCAAUUUGAUGCUGUCUGCCCCGCUCUUGUCUCUCGCAGCUGCGCUUAA